AUGGAAGAGAUCUUUGCCAAGUUUGUGUCCCAGAAAAUCAGCAAAACUCGCUGGCGGCCCGUUCCCUUUGGGAGUCUACAGCCCCCUGAGACCUUCGCCACCGGUUCUUGGGACAAUGAGGAAAACAGUGUUUCACUCUGGUGUAUUGGAGAUUUUGGUAAUUUAAGCACUGAUGGAGGACUUGAAGGAGACCAUCAAUUAUUGUGUGACAUCAAACAUCAUGGUGAUGUAAUGGACUUGCAGUUUUUGGACCAGGAAAGAAUUGUAGCUGCUUCAUCAACAGGAUGUGUAUCAGUUUUUCUUCACCAUCCAAAUAAUCAGAUUCUUUCAGUCAGCCAGGAAUGGGCAGGAGCCCACUACCACAUUGGCCCAGGUAGUCCUUCCUACAGGAGCGCCCCAUGUACUGGUAUUGUAUGCAAUAGUCCAGAGAUUGUUACUGUUGGAGAAGAUGGCAGAAUCAAUCUCUUCAGAGUUGGUUACAAGGAAGCUGUACUGACUAUAGAGACAAGAUGGCGGCGGUGCCGGUGGAGGCCUGGCACUGAAGGGAGAGUCUGGUCCUUGCGGCCCCUCCCUCCCCCCUGCUACGUGCCGCGGUGGCUGGCGGCACCCCCUCCCGCUUUCGGACCCGGCGCAGCCCGGAUCCUGGGGGACCCGGCACGAGUUCGAGUCUCUGCGAUAGCCGGGCCUCCGACCCGCCGACGUCGCCGCUUCGGAGUUCCGCUGUCCUGCAGGUAG